UUUCGGUUCCUGGAAAGGUUACCGGAGCUGCGAUUGAGGCUGGGACCAAAGUUGAGUCCUCGAAAGGGAGCCUGGAGAGCGGCGGUGCUGGGAGGCCCGGCCAGCUCGAUCGCAGGCUUCCACCUGGCGGCCAAUGCUUGUUUGCUACUGAUGGGUGUGAGCAAGUUAGAUAUUCUAUACCGGAGACUUCUCCUAACAAAACUUUUUAUCAGAGGAUGGGGAAGGCCAGAAGAUCUCAAAAGACUCUUUGAAUUCAGAAAGAUGAUUGGAAAUCGGGAAAGAUGCCAGAAUCUGGUUUCAAGCGAUUAUCCAGUACACAUUGAUAAGAUUGAAGAGCAAUCAGAUUGUAAGAUCUUAGAUGGACACUUUGUUUCCCCCAUGGCUCACUAUGUGCCUGAUAUCAUGCCAAUUGAAUCUGUUAUUGCAAGGACUAUUGAUGAAAUGCUUGAUACCAACUUGAUUCUUCUACCUUUGUUCCAAUUUAUUGUGCCUAAAGAAUGGAACAGCAAAUAUAGACCUGUAUGCAUUCAUCUUGCUGGAACAGGAGAUCAUCAUUACUGGAGGCGACGAACACUAAUGGCCCGUCCUAUGAUUAAAGAAGCCCGAAUGGCUUCUUUAUUGUUAGAAAACCCUUAUUAUGGCUGCAGGAAACCCAAGGACCAAGUAAGGUCCAGCUUAAAAAAUGUGUCCGACCUUUUUGUGAUGGGAGGAGCUCUUGUUUUAGAAUCUGCAGCUCUCUUGCACUGGCUAGAGAGGGAAGGUUACGGCCCUUUAGGAAUGACUGGAAUAUCCAUGGGAGGACACAUGGCUUCCUUAGCGGUAUCCAACUGGCCUAAGCCCAUGCCAUUGAUUCCAUGCCUGUCUUGGUCCACAGCAUCUGGGGUCUUCACUACGGGUGUGUUGAGUAAAUCAAUUAAUUGGAGGGAGCUGGAAAAGCAAUAUUAUACCCAGACAGUUUAUGAAGAAGAAAUUAUUCACAUGCUUGAAUACUGUGGAACAGAUUCUUUCAAAAUGGGACAAGAGUUUGUGAAACACUUCACUAGCAGUGCAGACAAGCUAACUAACCUUAAUCUGGUUUCCAGAACUUUAAAUUUAGAUAUAUCAAACCAAGUUGUAUCCCAAAAACCUGCUGACUGCCAUAAUUCUAGCGAAACAUCUGUCAGUGCGACAUCAGAAGGACUCUUAUUGCAAGAUACCUCUAAGAUGAAGCGCUUCAAUCAAACACUUUCAACCAACAAAAGUAGUUAUACAAGUCGCAACCCUCAGUCAUACCACCUACUUAGUAAAGAACAAAGAAGAAACAGUCUUCGGAAAGAGUCUUUAAUAUUUAUGAAAGGAGUCAUGGAUGAAUGUACUCAUGUAGCAAAUUUCUCAGUCCCAGUUGAUCCAAGCCUCAUUAUAGUGGUUCAAGCCAAAGAAGAUGCCUAUAUUCCACGAACAGGAGUUCGAAGUUUACAAGAAAUUUGGCCUGGUUGUGAAAUCCGAUACUUAGAAGGGGGUCAUAUUAGUGCUUAUCUUUUUAAACAAGGACUCUUCAGACAAGCCAUCUAUGAUGCAUUUGACCGCUUCCUCCAUAAAUACGCUAACUAGUUGGAUUAUUAUAUGUAACCAGUGUGGCCAUGAUGUUUCUUACAAAAGGGAGCUUCAUCCUGUGAUCAUGUGAAGGACAAGCAGACAGCACUAAUAUAUCUAAUCACUAUCAAUUUGGUCUGGAAUUCAUUGUUACACGUCAGUUAACUAUAAACUUCGAAUACAUUUGAAUAAUUUAAAGAUAAUAUUUGAAGUAAAUAAUGUUAAAGUGUUUUUACUAUUGUUUAUUGGAAUCCCAUAUAUUCAGUGUUUAGUCUGUUGUUACUGUUUAUGAAAAACUAAAUUUUUAAUCAUGAAUAAUUUAUUAAAUAAAUUUAUUCAUAGAAACUUUUCUGGGUUUUAGUAAAAUUGCUAAAUCAAACCAAGAUUUUAAUAUAUCAGCAUUUACUUUGUACCCUUAUAACAUUUCACUCUUGAUUUGAGAAACAUGUUUAUUUUUUGAAUGUUCUUGUGUUCAACUAAUUUUCUGCUGUGGAAAUAAAUACUUAUGAUAUAUAAAAUCAGUGUUAACUUUGAAUUCUAAAAUAUCCUGAUAGCUUCAUAGAUAAGUGCUUUUCUUUUUCUUUUUUUUUCUUUUAACAUGUACCUCUACUUGAAUGUAAGUGCUUUUAAUAAUCAAAGUGAGUGGCAGGGUGCGGUGGCUCACGCCUGUAAUCCCAGCACUGGGAUGCUGAAGCGGGCAGAUUACCUGAGGUUGGGAGUUCAAGACCAGCCUGACCAAUAUGGAGAAACCCCCUCUCUACUACAAAUACAAAAAAUUAGCCAAGCAUGGUGGCGCACGCCUAUAAUCCCAGAUACUCAGGAGGCAGAGGCAGGAGAAUCGCUUGAACCCGGGAGGCAGAGGUUGCGGUGAUCCGAGAUCACACCAUUGCACUCCAGCCUGGGCAACAAGAGUGAAACUCCGUCUCAAAAUAAUAAUAAUAAUAAUAAUAAUAAUAAUAACCAAAAUGAGUGUUCUGCAGAUAAAAUGCAUUAGACUUUGCUAGACUAAAACUUUACUAAAGAUUAGGGUUUUUAAAAAAUGCCAAUAGGCGGGGUGCAGUGGCUCAUGCCUGUAAUCCCAGCACUUUGGGACGCUCAGGCGGGCGGAUCACAAGGUCAGGAGUUUAAGACCAGCCUGGCCAACAUGGUGAAACCCCAUGUCUACUAAAAGUACAAAAAAAUUAGCCGGGCAUUGUGGCGUGUGCCUGUAAUCCCAGCUACUCAGGAGGCUGAGGCAGGAGAAUUGGUUGAACCAAGGAGGCGGAGGUUGCACUGAGCUGAGAUUGCGCCACUGCACUCCAGCCUGGGCAACAGAGCAAAACUCCAUCU